UAUCAGAUUAUUAUUUGACGUAUUUAUGUGUAUCACGUAUAUCGCCAAUGUUUUAUGUGUGGUAUUUCAUGUUCGUAACCUAACCGCCUAGAGUAUAAUAGAUCAUCAGCCAUGACACCGACACUGGUACUGAUGCUGGGAUGCAUUGGAAUCUCCUUGGCACAGAUCCCAACCACAUGUAAAAAGAUAUCGCCAUGCAUCUGUAAGGAUGAAAACGGACGGUUUGUAGAUCUGAGACCACUGGCACGGCUCGAUGGAACUCCCAGAUACCAUGACGUACCCCUCACGGACGGGCUUGAGGCAUCAAAGACUGUCUACUCAUACAAUCCCUGUUAUGGGUUUAACGAGGGACCUACUAACAGUACCUGUAAAAAUGUGGCCGUGUGCAAGAGCACCAACGGAACCUCUAAUUUCCUUGACCUAGGAAAUCAAAAGUCAGCCAGAUUCACCCAUUUUGACAACGGAAAUUUAUCCAUUUUAUAUACUUCAAAGGAUAAAAACUUCCACACAAUACUCACUUUGUACUGUGCAGAAGAAGUCGGAGAACGAGUGUUUUACGUACAAGGAGAUAUGGGAAACAAUUUUACUUGGUUGCAGUUGUGGACAAAAUACGCAUGUCCGCGGAAUGAGAGCGAUAUUGAAGAUUUCGAGUUUGAUGAUACGAUAAUCGAAGCAACAGAACCAGUUUUCUCUACACCUGCGAUUCCCCACGUGGUAACCAUGACUACCCGUCCAGAACCUUCUCCUGCGACUGUCAGCCUCAUCGUACUCCUACUCCUUGCCAUCCUAGUGUGUGUAACCUUGAUAUUAGCCGUCCUGGUGGGAUCAACUCUUAUUCGUAGUGCAAAGAAGAGACUGUUCAGAGAUACCGUUAUGUACCAACCCGUACCAACGGAACCACAGGCAUAUUACGACAAAAACUUCGGCAUUAUUUUGUAGAGAGUUGUAAUUUUAAGCCUAAAUAAUAAAAUGAUAUAAACUCAACA